UGGCGCCGUGUCAUGGCAGCCCUCCCCCGGUCGGGGGGGAGGUAGCGCGGGCUUUUCAGCGAAUCGCGCCACGAUUGCCCCCCCAUCCCGACCUUCUCCUCCCACGGGGAUGAGUGGUCACGCGGGAAUUCAUCGGACCAUCUCUCCCAUUGGCGCUUCGUCGUCUUCUCCGUCGGGCUGCUCGUCCUCGUCCGCUUCGAGAGGAAGUGCGAUGGGCUUAGCCGCGAACGCCUUCGCCUUCCCGGCGCCUGCAGCUUCGGUUCAAGCAGGGUACCUAGCAUCAUCUGCAGCUUUUUCCGUUCAUCAGACGUCGCAAUCAAUGUCCUAUGCGAUGUCUUCUGCACCACGGCGAGCUCUUUCCUCGACAACACCGAGUUAUCAGCUGUCAUCCCCCAACGACUCGGGGCUGUUUAGCAAUCUACUUACCGCCUCGUGGGCGCUAUCCUCGUCUGCUUCUUCCUCGUCUUCUGCCUCGUCUUCUUCCUCGUCUUCGUCGUCGUCUUCUUCCUCCUCCUCGUCGUCAGGUGCGUUAUCGUCAUCGUUAUUAUUGUCAUCCUCCUCAUCUUCGUCAUUGUCAACAGGAGCGUCGUCGUCAUCGGCGUGUUCGAGCGCGAUGCUUGGGAAGGGGGCAGCAGCAGCAGCAGCAGCAGCAGCAGGAGGAGGAGGAGGAGGAGGAGGAGGAGGCAUGGUAACUGGGGGACCAGCGUUGGGCGAGAAAUGCUCGAGUGAAUGGGGGAUGAAUGUGCAAACCCAAUCAAGCGUCGCGGGAGGGGGGGCGCGCACCUUGUCGCCGCCAAUUCCGCUGCCAACUCCGCCGCCGCCAUCACAGCUCUUCCUCUCUGUGGCAGGGGAGGGAGGCGAGCUGUCGCCCGUCGCGGGGUUGGCGGCAUCACUUGGCAGAGCUGCUUCGCCGUUUUCCGUGGCUGAGUCGUGUUCUACUGGAUCUCUCUCGUCUGGCGUUGCAGUGGAUCUCGAUCCGUCUGGGUCCAGCGGCCAUCACUCGGGAGCGGAUGGCGACGUGUUCUCGAUGCUUAUGCAGCCCACGGGAAGCGGAAGGGCGCGUUCUCCUCCUCCUCCUUCUCCUCCCCCUGCUACUCUCUCCUCCUCUCCUCCCGUUUUUCAUUCUUCGCCUCCUCUUUUCCCGCCUACGACUUCGCUUCUGAAUACCUCCUCCUCUUCUCCGGCUCCCCUUCCGCCCAUCGCUUCUCCUCCUCCUCCUCCUUAUCCGACUCGUCCUGCCGUCGCAGCGAGACACCAGGGCGAGGUACCUGCCGGCGGCGGCCAUAGCUCAUCACUGUAUGUUCCCAGCCAACCCACGACCGAGUGGGAGACUUUCACCGACACCGAUGGUGCGGCCGUUGGGCAACAUCAACAGCAGCAGCAGCAGCAGCAGCAGCAGCAGCGAGUGUGGGAUGCUUCUAGUGGGAGAGGAAGAGGGGGGCGGGUAUGUAGUCAGCGAUCGGUGGGGGCGAGGAGCGUGAGAGGGGGCCCUCGUGAAACAACUCGUGAAACGACUCGUGAAGCAGCGAGUGCGGGAGCUGCGGUCGGGGGUCCAUCGAUGGUUAGGAAGGGGUCCACCAGGGGGGGGGGGGUGAGGGAUUCGUUGGACACGUCGAGGCCGGUUCCACUGGAAGUUCGUGUCCCACCGUUGAGGAAGCUGCAGGGGGGAGGAGGAGGAGGAGGAGGAGGUGGAGGAGGAGGAGCAGGAGGAGGAGGAGAGCAGUCGGUGAGAGCAAUGGUGUGCUUGGGGUCGACAGUGUGGGUGGCAAUGGACAUAGGAAUUUUGGUAUGGGACAUAAGGGAGGCGUUUGAGGAGAGAUCGGAUGAGAGAGAUGGGAGUAGUUGUGGGAGUGGUGGGGAGGAGGGAUCAGCGCCGAGCAUUCUGGUGCCUAUACACGGAUCCAAGGCGUUGUGCUUGGCGGCCGAUCCGGUCAAAGGUCUUGUUUUUAGUGGUCACAAAGAUGGAAAGGUGAGAGUGUGGUCGGUUGAGAAGCUGAGGCAAUCUAGACGACAAAGAUCGGGAGACUUCUUCGAGGACUCGCUUCAGUGGAAUGCCAGAUCCAAGGUCGAUGUCACGGCCUUAGUCAUCUCGUCUUACGGUGAUUUAUGGGUUGGCUUUGAGAAUGGCUCAAUUAGAGUCUGGAAAUGGGACAGCAUUCGGAGGGGAAUUGAGGACAGGUGUAUGUCAGCAGAUGGUGUAGAUCUGCCGAAGGGUGGUGGUGCUGGGCUGUCCUCCACGGCGCAUAGUGAGAUACGCUAUCUUGUUUCUGACAGAGUGAAUGGGCGGGUAUGGAGCGCAGGGACCUGUUCGAUUGCUGUUUGGGAUGCGCGGAGCCUCGAGCUUUUGAACCACAGUUUGUCUGUAUUAGACAAGGCUGAAGGUGUGGGAUAUCGGUCUCCAGGUCGCGAGACUUCGCCUGUUCGAGGUGAAGCUGGGCAUGAGAGGGAGUUCGCAAAACUUCCGAAGAAAGAGAAAAAGGAGGGAUGGACAGGGGUGUCCUUUCUUGUAAAAGGUGUAAUGGGUGCAGCAGAUGUGGUGAAGAAGGUGGUAUCGGUUGGUGGAGGUGGGAACACUUCGGCGGAUGAGAAGAAGCUUGGGGCGUUAGUGCCUGGUGUUGAUGGGCUGUUGUGGGUGGGUUUUGCAGAUGGAAAGCUAGUUCAGUGGGACAAAACGAUGUCAAAUAAGACUGAUGCGAGCCAGCAUACUUCGAGCAUUCGUUGUAUGUGCAUUACCGGCUCGCAGUUGUGGGUGGGGUUCGCUGAUGGUAGUGUAGCUGUGCAGCUUGGUGAUGGGAGGUGGCAGAAAUGGAAGGCGCACAAAGCAGAGCUCUUCAGGAUGGAAGUUACGGGUGACCAUGUGUUCACAUUGGCAGUUGAUGGGAGCAUUCGAGGAUGGCAUGUUAAUAGUGCUGGGCCGCUCAAGGACAUGUUGCACAGGGCGUUGAAGGAAAGGUCCGAACUGUAUACAGUUCGACGCCGCCUAUGUUUCUGGGUUGCAACAUGGAAUGUGAAUCAGCAAAAACCGAAGUCUUCUAAUCUGCACAGGUGGUUGGGGGAAGCAGGUCACAAGGCAGACGUUCUGAUUGUUGGACUUCAAGAGAUGGAAUCUGGGGCUGGGACACUGGCAGUGGCUGGUGCAAAAGAGAUGGUUGGGAUGGGCCUGCACGAGAGGUAUAGUAACAGUGCAACUGCAUGGAUGAGUGCUAUUCAGGAGAUCCUAGGCAAAGAGUGGGAGAAGCAGGGAUCAAGGCAGUUAGCUGGCAUGCUUGUCUGUGUGUGGAGCAGAGAGGAAUUGGGUCAUUUCAUCGGAGAAGUGGAGACUGGUGCUGUAUCAUGUGGCUUUGGACGUGCUCUUGGAAACAAGGGCGCAGUUGGUGUACGAGCAACGGUGCUGAGAAGAUCCGUGUGCUUUCUCAGCUGUCAUCUGGCUGCGCACACAGAAAACAUGGCACGGCGGAAUGAAGAUUUCUUGCACAUAUGGCAAAGAAUGACUUUUGGCAACAAGGGUGGCAUGGUCGUUACUGCUGCAUCGAAUGCAGCAAAUGCAGCCGUUUCCGGCAUCACAAACAUUCUGAAGGGCUCGGGGAGCGGGAAGGGAAACUCCAUGAACCCUUACGACCUGGAUUCAGAGGUUGACGAACGAGAACAUCAGGAAGGCUUGGGCAGUGCAGAAACUUCUUCUCAGCCCACUCAGGACCUUGCGGAAGCGGACUUGCUGAUUUGGACAGGCGAUUUCAAUUACCGUCUUGACAACGUCAGUUAUGAAGUCGCAGUGGAGUGCGCCAAACAAGGCAAAUUUGCAGAACUGCGAAAACAUGACCAGCUGAGAAUGGUGAUGUCACAAGGCGGCUCAGGCCGGGUGUUUCAGGGAAUGAGAGAGGGCGAGCUGUCUUUUCCGCCGACAUACAAAUUCGAUAAAGGAGUGGCUCUUCACCUGGCAUAUGACUCAAGUGAGAAACAGAGGGUACCUGCAUGGUGUGACCGAGUGCUAUUCAGAGACAGUUAUGGGGAUGAGGAGUUUCCAAGUUUUCCAGCAGAUGUGCCACAAGGCAAGAGAACCGCUCUUGGCCACCCAGUCCAUGUCAGAGUGGAAAGGUAUGGCACUUGCCUGGACAUCUAUGAGAGUGAUCACAAGCCUGUCUAUGCUGUGCUGGAUGUCGAGCUAGCCAUUGUAAAUGAAAGGCGAAGACGAUACGAGUAUAAUCAUGUCAUGCAUACAAAUGAGCGCAUUGUCAGUGAUCUCCAAGCAGCUACGCGUGCUGUAAAGGCUUCAGUUGGUCCUCACCGUGUUUUGUUGGGUAGCUACUCUGUACAGGUUGUCAGUGUGACCAAUCUCAAUGAGAAGGAGCCAAUCGUUUUCGCCGUAACAGCUGAGGGAAUCCCCAUAACUGGUAAAUGUGAAUGUGGAUGUGAGCAUGGCAAGUUGUCCUCAGGGCCACUUGACAUAGAGGGGAGAGGUGCAGGGGGGUUUCCGCACUGGCUUCAGGUCACACCAGCUGCAGCUGAGAUCCCUCCAGGGGAGUCUGUCGAUGUGGAGUUGCAAGCUAGCGAUUGUGAGGAGGAUUCUGAAAAAGGUGUCGUGCUUCUCUUCAGUGUGAGGUCCGUGACAGGCAUGCCUGGAGAUGCAGAUCACCGGGUUUGUGUUUGCUUUGGAAAGAGCGGUUUAAGAUGGGACUCCCCAGUACAGAGACAGCCCUCAAGAAGAGGGUCACGAACCGACACUCAUCAUGAUUUCGCAUCACCAAACGGGACCGCCAAGAGCAGAAGCAGCCAGGGCCCAAGUCCUACAGCGGCAUCGGGUUCAGUUUGGGACAUGCUCUCAACCACACAGACUUCACAGGUCCCUGACACCACCACCACCACCACCUCCAUCCCCAAAAAGAUUCCUCCCAUUCCUCGCGCGUCAACCUCUCAGUCUUCCCCGCAAGUUACAGAUCUUCUUGGAUUGGAGGCUGAUCAACCUUGUCCGCAACCAAAUCCUCAGGUUGGAAAUUUGCUUCCCUUGAACAACGGCUGGGCUGCUCAAACACACGCGACUGAAAAAUGGGAAGAAUUCAAGAGCUGAAGCCCCAGGUUUACACACAGACGCAUCAAACGUUCCUGCCGAAAUCCUUGGUUCGAACUCUCUGUAGCCUGCUGGAUCUCUGAGGAAGCGCUCCUUUUUUUCCCCUGUGUUGUUCAUUUGACUGGAUCUUGUUGGCGUAGUAAACAUCCAGACCGAAGGCAUCGGCGUUCCUGUGGCAGGCUACCAGAUGCAGAAUGUGGCACGGGUUGCGUGCCCCCCGGGAUCACCAAAUGAAAUUAAGUAGGUUUUACCGCCGCGAAGACUCCAUCUGUGUUGAUUCACAUGUGUGAAACCAGAACAUGAAGCGCUUGCUACAGUAGCGGCACGACACGUCGUUCUGGGGCUGCUAAUGUCAUGCAGGAUCAGUCGCGACCAACCGCAGUAAAUUGUUGGCGAGGUACGUGUAAGUGUUGAUAUGGAAUCUGGCAUGGCACAUCAUUGCCUGCCAGAUAUUCCAAUGCACGAUCGGUCGCCUUAACUCCAGUAAAUGUUUGGCGGGGUGUGUGUAAACGUCGAUACAUUGUCAAGUUCAUUAAGGCUUAGUGCUGUCAACCAUCUAAUGGAGCCUGCGGCGUUCUGACUGCGGUGGGAAGACUUCAAAUGCAAGUCUUCAGAGUUAUUUAUCAGGUUAGUCGCCUUUUCCGUUCACAGGUCUGCCACGUAGCCUAGGAGCUAUCAGAGUUUGUCAGUUGAUGAGAGAUUGUGUGCUGACUGUAUGAGAAUGAUGUCCUGUGUAUGCACCACGCUCUAUCUAAGGUGACUGCAGGCACAAUGUUAUGACCCACUUCCGGUCGCUUACGUAAACAGAGUGUGUUGUGUUGUUGGUUCAUUUAUUCCUUUCUAGCAUAUGUUGCUGCCAUUCCCAACUCCGAAAAAGGCCGCCCACAUACGAUAUGAUUAUGUUAUCCUAUAUUUAUUCCCUGCCAUGAAUUGGAUGGGAUCCAUUUGUAGAUGGCGAAUCAAUAAGUGGGAACUGGCCCUUGAUUUUGGCGUUAGAGUCGAGGAGCAAAUGUGAUGGAGGAACAAGCAUCUACUGCAGCUACCGGCAAUGGCCAAAGUGCAGAUUGCUUUGGCCAGGUCGAUUGGAUUUAAUCUUUUCUCACUCUUGCUCUCUCUUGGCUUUACAUCAGGCCAGCAGAAGAGGGGAGAGUUUUGGGAAGCGGGAGAGUCGUGCAUUGCAAUUUGGAGUUUUUUCAAUAUGAGAAGUGUGGGUGGCGAUGUGAAUAGCUCACAGCCAACUCCAUUUUGUGCUCUUCGCCCGGAAUUCUGUCAUUUUGUGGCAAUGUUAUUUCCGGCGAAUUUUCCGCCAUUCCAGGAACUUUUUUUCCCUGAGAAUGGGACGGGGACGGUUGAUUAGGAAAGUCGCUUACUUUCCGUUAUGCAGAUGUGAUGAGAAGGAUGUUGUGAAAAGCCUACGCUGUUUUGCUUUCACACCAUUUCUGUGUCCUUGAACGAACAGUAGUACAUGAUUUAGCGGCAUGGUCCGUGCGACCACAUCUCGUUAGCAGCAGUGGCCACACCCCAGUAAGGUGUGAAGGGUGAUGUAGCAGACAUUGAGUCAAUCCUGUUUGGCACUCCUGUUCUCAGUCCAUCGACACUACAAAGUGUCCAAGACUGAUUUUUAGGACCCUGGAAAUGGGUUCCAGUGUCUCCCUGAAGCGAGGGUUUUAUUUUUAGACUUCCCUGCUUUGCUUGUUGUUUUGGAUGUGUCACUUGACCCAUCCAGUCCCUGUUUUCUUCGCUUGCUUCCAUGCUGAACCCAUCUUGCCACAACUUACAGAUGUUGCUGAGUGAGGAGUUUUUUUUUUUUUAGAGAGCAUUUUGCUCUUCCCUCUUCUCUUCCUUGGUAAUCUCGAUGUGCAUCGGUUCUCGUGACUUCCUCGCUCCUUGCUCGUAUCAUCGUAUGUUUGUUUGUUUGGGUUUCUCAGGGAUGUUGCGCAUGCCUUGGGUGGCCCUGAAUAAUACAUGGUGUAAAUGCUACUUCCUCUUCUCAGGCGCUGUAGUCGUUCGCGCCUCGGUCACGUGUUUCGAAUCCGGCUCUUUGUGAUGGAAACUUGCUUGCAUUUCCAAGUAUUGUCUCUAGGUUGGGGUCUGCUGUGAGCCUCUGCUUCCUCCGUGGUCGUCUCUUUCAGAAAGAGAGGGCAACAGUGCUUCGCAAUCUGGAGCUAUCGUCGCAUGCCGACACUUUCAUUUGCGCCGAUUACUUGCCGUAUGCUUGAUGUUUGUCCCUCUUUUCCUCCUCUUCAGGAUCUGUUUGCCUUGAUCUCACCGCCCUUCUAGCCCUGCCUUUUGGUUUUCUUGUCCGUUCUUUCCCUUUCUAUUUUAGUCGUCGUAUUUGCCUCCUUGCCCCUUCUUUGUCCACUUUCUGGAGGAUCUUAAACCACCAGUUCACCUGAGUCUAAGUUGAUCUCACCCCAGUAUGCACGGUAAGAUCUUUCUGAUUUGGGCUUGGGCCAAAAAAAAAAAAGAAGAAGAUUCGGGCUUGGGCCGGCAGUGAAGGAAGAAGGCCACUAUGAAAAGUCCGAGUUGGAGGCUCGUGCGCCUUGGAAGAUACCAUCGAACUUAGGUUUGUGUGAACUGGUGUUUUAACUUUUAACCAUGUAUGCGUAUAAUGAGGUGUGUUAUCAACUUAGCACCCACCCAUCAUGCUUUCUAUGCUUUGUUUCUUUUUUUUCUGUACUGUUUAUAAAGGAAAACCCGGGUCUUGCAUGACGUCCCUUUAUGUCCCGGGUUACGGUGUCGGGAAAACACAAUUACUUUUUGGAGAGGAGCGGGGGGGGGAGGGGGGUACUGGGAAAAGGGUGGGGGACAAGGGCCGGGCGGAGGGGAGGCUGGGAAAAGGCCGGGGGGACGAGGAGCGGGCCCAAUGAAAUGCAAUCCUCUCU